CUUCAGUUCUGUGUUUAUUACUCUUUGUUCUAAUUGUGACGAAUUUGUUGUUUUAUUACUGGUUUACAUGACCAGUCAGUUGUAGAACUCGAGGUCGUCUUUGUCCAUUUUCGUCAUUAUCGCAAACAAAAAAAGCACGGCGCAAUGGCACCUACUGAAACCAAGAUCCUCAGCGACUACUUGCUAGUCCCCGCCCAGCUGCCUGCAAUCAUCUCGUUGCAAGAGUUCACUGAGCUUUUUCCGCGAUCCCUUCAGUCUUCGCCUCAGAUCAGAAACUUGUAUCGCGAUCUGCAGACCCAGAGAAAUGCCGUCGUUGAUUCAGUUGCGGCCGAGAUCGAAGCCGAGGCCAAGCGUGGCAAGGCCAUGCGCCGGGUCAUGAUCAAGGCCAAACGUGAGGAGGAGGCCCCAGAGAACGAUGACGAAGCCGAAAUUGAACGCCUUCUGUUUGGCUCAACUUCGCAUUCACAAACGCCCAAACAUAACAUUGGUUCCGUUCUUCCCGACCUUGAAGGCGCCGUGUCGGAGCUUGAGAGUGAGCUUCAGCUUCUUGGAGAAGAAGAGGCAGCACUUCUGUCGUCCAUUCAACAGACAGUGGGUAGCAUGAGCGACCUACGCUACGGCCGCUUUGCUAAUGGCCAACUCCGUGAUCAAGUGCUCGAGGGGCUGGCGAGCUUGCGAGACACUUGUAAAUCCAAAAAUUAAUCAUA